AUGUCAAACUCCAAUAUCAACUCAACCCAUCCAGCUCCCUUCUUGUUGGUAGGAAUUCCUGGUUUGGAGCACCUGCACAUCUGGAUCUCUAUCCCCUUUUGCUUUGCAUAUACACUGGCCCUGCUCGGAAACUGCACCCUUCUCUUCAUCAUCCAGGCUGAUGCGGCCCUCCAUGAGCCCAUGUACCUCUUUCUGGCCAUGCUGGCAACCAUUGACCUGGUCCUUUCCUCUUCAACACUGCCCAAAAUACUUGCCAUUUUUUGGUUUAGAGAUCGACAGAUCAACUUCUAUGCCUGUCUGGUCCAGAUGUUCUUUCUUCACUCCUUCUCCAUCAUGGAGUCCGCAGUGCUGCUGGCCAUGGCCUUUGACCGCUAUGUGGCCAUCUGCAAGCCACUGCACUACACCACGGUCCUGACCAGGGCCCUUAUCACCAAGAUUGGCAUGGCUGCUGUGGCCAGGGCUGUGACACUAGUGAUUCCACUCCCCUUUCUGCUGAGACGCUUCCACUACUGCCGAGGCCCAGUGAUUGCCCACUGCUACUGUGAACACAUGGCAGUGGUGAGACUGGCAUGUGGGGACACUCGCUUCAAUAAUAUCUAUGGCAUUGCUGUGGCCAUGUUUAUUGGAAUGUUUGAUCUGUCCUUUGUUAUCCUGUCUUAUAUCUUUAUCCUUCGGGCAGUUCUACAGCUUGCCUCUCAGGAAGCACGCUACAAGGCAUUUGGGACAUGUGUAUCUCACAUAGGCGCCAUCUUAGCCUUCUACACACCUGUAAUCGUCUCCUCAGUCAUGCACCGUGUGGCCCGCCGGGCUGCUCCACACGUCCACAUUCUCCUUGCCAAUUUCUAUAUGCUCUUCCCACCCAUGGUCAAUCCCAUCAUCUAUGGUGUCAAGACCAAGCAGAUUCGUGAGCGAGUCUUAGGACUGUUCCUGAGAAAGGAUGUGUAAAUAAUAGAGGGUGUGAGAUGGUUGGAGAAACAGUCAGGCACAGUUCAUAAUGAAGCAGGCCAGGGGUAUUAUCAGAAGUAGGAGGUUGCUAGAGUUUCCCUGUUUAGUUCUUUCCUCAUAUAAUGAAAAAAAUAAAAUCAUGU